AUGAACCAGGUUAUUCCUCAAACGCAAAGAAUGCUAUCUCGUUCUAGUUCGUCGGGUUUCAGGAGAAGUGCAUUAAGAACUGUGGCUUCCAUGCGAGCUAUACCAUCGUCAUCAUUGCUAAUAAAUAAAAGAGUGAAUAUUUUUCGAAAUUUUCAUACUAAAUUCACACCUCUCUACAAUAAGAAACCCUUGAGCAGGGUUCCUGUUGGUGGAUCGGAGUCCACUUCUAGUUCUAGUAAAUUCAAGAACUCCACACUGGAGUUUUCCUCCGGUAAAGCAAUGAUUUUAUUUGUGUUAGUGGGUGGAACCCUCUAUUAUUUUUUUGAGAAGGAGAAAAGACGUAUCGAGACAGUAAAGACUGCUGAAGCCAAUAGAGGUUAUGGUAAACCAAUGAUUGGAGGGGAUUUCACACUUUACGAUGAGAAUGGAAAAGAAUUUACGGAGAAGGAUUUGUUAGGUAAAUUUUCAAUUAUAUAUUUUGGAUUUAGUCAUUGCCCUGAUAUUUGUCCUGAUGAAUUAGAUAAAUUGGGAGUUUGGCUUGAUGAAUUAAGGAAAAAAUAUGAUAUUAUUUUACAACCCAUUUUCAUUACUUGUGAUCCAGCAAGAGAUAGUUCUGAAGUACUUAAGGAAUACUUAUCUGACUUCCAUGAAGGGAUUAUUGGAUUGACAGGUAGUUAUGAACAAGUGAAAAAUUGUUGUAAGAAAUAUCGUGUUUAUUUCUCUACUCCUCCUAGUGUUAAACCUGGACAAGAUUAUUUAGUGGAUCAUUCAAUUUUUUUCUAUUUGAUGGAUCCUGAGGGUCAAUUUGUGGAAGCAUUAGGACAAAAUUAUGAUGAAGAAACUGGUGUAGAAAAGAUUGCUGGUCAUGUAAAAAAUUACAUACCAGAAGAGAAACGUGAAGCUCUUAUCAACUCAGACAAAUGGUAUUCUUUCUUAUUUAAAUGA